AUGUUGACGUUGUCAUUGACAUUGUGGGAGUUACCCUGCAGGGCCCAGGGCUCAAGCCCUACCCUAGCAGUCUCAACACAUUCCACAAUCCUCGCACCCGCACCACCGCGGCUAUUGAUUCUGGACGACAACCACGACCACCCCUCGAAGAUAGCAACAAUGGGUCGCCUUCAAGAAUACCAAGUCAUUGGGCGCAAGCUCCCGUCGGAAGCCGACCAGACCCCCAAGCUUUACCGCAUGCGCCUGUUCGCUCCCAACACCGUCGUUGCUAAGUCUCGUUUCUGGUACUUCCUUAAGAAGCUCAGGAAGGUUAAGAAGACCAACGGUGAGAUCGUGUCUUUGAACGAGAUCCACGAGAAGCGACCCAUGAAGGUUAAGAACUUCGGUAUCUGGAUCCGUUACGACUCUCGCAGCGGCACCCACAACAUGUACAAGGAGUACCGUGAGCUCUCCCGUACAGAUGCUGUCGAGGCCCUCUACCAGGACAUGGCUGCCAGGCACAGGGCUAGAUUCCGGUCGAUCCACAUCCUCAAGGUUGUCGAGAUCGAGAAGACCGCGGACGUCAAGCGCCCAUACACCAAGCAGCUCAUGACCAAGGGUCUCUCUUUCCCUCUGCCGCACCGUGUGCCGAAGAGCUCUGCACGCAAGGUGUUCAGCUCCAAGAGGCCCAGCACCUUCCAUUAA